AUGUUUCCGUAUCCUAGUGGCUUUUUACAUAUGGGACAUGUGCGUGUGUAUACUAUAAGUGAUACUAUUGCAAGAUUUAGAAAGAUGCUUGGAUAUGAGGUGAUUCAUCCUAUGGGAUGGGAUGCGUUUGGGUUACCAGCUGAGAAUGCAGCGAUAGAACGUAACAUUCAUCCUGUCAAAUGGACGACAAAGAAUAUCGCAGUAAUGAAAAAUCAGAUGGAAAAAAUGUUGACGGAUUUUGAUUGGGAAAGGGAAAUCACCACUUGUAAACCUGACUACUACAAAUGGACGCAAUACCUUUUUCUUCAAUUAUACAAAAAUAGAUUGGCGUAUCAAAAAGAAGCUAUUGUCAAUUGGGAUCCUGUUGAUAAAACUGUGUUGGCUAAUGAACAAGUAGACGCUGAAGGAAACUCAUGGCGAUCUGGAGCUAAAGUUGAACAUCGUAAAUUGAAGCAAUGGUUUUUUAAGAUUACCGAUUAUGCUGAGCAACUUUUGGCAGAUUUAGAGUUAUUGAAUAAAUGGCCCGACCAUGUCAAGCAAAUGCAGAGAAAUUGGAUCGGAAAAUCUGAGGGUGCGGAAUUUGAUUUUCCAAUGAAAUCGAAAAAUAACUCAAUCCCACCCCUCAAAGUAUUUACAAGUCGCCCUGACACGAUAUUUGGAGUGCACUAUUUAGUAGUAUCAUUAAACCAUCCGCUUCUGUCAAAAGAAUAUAUUCCACAAGAAAAUCAUGCAAAAGUUUUUGAUUUUGUGGAAACUGCUAAAGGACAAGAAGUAAUUGAAAGAAUUGGAGAUAAUAAAACUAAGCAAGACGAGUACUUGAAAUUUGGAAUACCAGGAAUUCACACAGGUCUUUACGCGACUAAUCCUUUCACCGGAGAAUCGCUUCCAAUCUACGUUUCGCCUUAUGUCUUGUCUGAUUAUGGAAGCGGCGCUGUAAUGGGAGUUCCUGCUCAUGAUAAAAGAGAUUGGGAAUUCACUUCGAUCAAUAAGAUUGCCAAUGAUAAUGAAAUUAGAAGAGUAGUUGAGCCCUUGAGUAUCGAAAAAGACAAAACUGAAAACCAAGUUUACACAGGAUAUGGAAUCCUAACAUCCGAAUCUGGUGCAUAUAAAGGAUUAAAAACUGUUGAUGCGAUGCAAGCUAUUGUGCGUGAUGCCCAAAAAGCAGGAUUUGGACGUUGGGUGACGCAGUAUCGACUUCGAGACUGGCUGUUAUCUCGACAACGUUAUUGGGGAACACCGAUUCCCAUGAUUCAUUGUGAAAAAUUACCAGAAUGUGAAUUGCCGGUACUUUUGCCUUCCAAUGUUUCAUUUACUGGUCGCGGCGAAUCUCCGCUUAAACAAGACAAAGAUUGGAUGAAUUGCAAAUGUCCAAAAUGCCACGGUCCUGCCACGCGAGACACUGACACCAUGGACACUUUUGUUGACUCGUCUUGGUAUUUCCUGCGUUUUGUUGAUCCGAAGAAUUUGAUGGAACCCUUCUCAUCUAGUAUAGCAUCAAGUCUUUUGCCUGUUGAUGUAUACGUCGGUGGUGUAGAACACGCAAUCUUGCAUUUGUUAUAUGCAAGAUUUUUUUCAAAGUUUAUGCUACAUCAGAAAAUGUAUGACGAGAAUGAAAAGAGGCAACCGGGAAAUGGAGAACCUUUUAAAGUUUUAAUAACACAAGGCAUGGUUCAAGGAAAAACAUAUAAGGAUCCAGUCAAUGGACGCUUCUUAAAACCAGAAGAACUUGAUUUUUCGAGUCCUGGUGCUCCAGUUCAAAAAUCUACCGGUCAGCUGCCCAUAAUUUCAUUCGAGAAGAUGUCCAAACGCAAAUACAACGGUGUGGAUCCUGAAGCAAUAAUUGAGAAACACGGCGCCGAUUCAACGCGAUUAUUCAUUCUUUUCAAAGCACCCGUUUCGGAAAUACUCGAAUGGGAUGAUUCUAGCAUUAUCGGUAUGCAACGAUGGCUUAAUCGUGUAUGGAGACUAAUUGAACUCGUGCUUGAGGAUUCAAAAAAUAAUACAAAUUCUGAACAACAUGAUUUAAGUGUCGACAACAUGAAUGAGCAAGAUAUAGAUACUUAUCGAAUUAUUAACUUGACAGUAAAGGAGGUGACGAAUGCGCUUUCCGAGACAUAUACACUAAAUACAGUUGUCUCGGAUUUAAUAAAGCUUACAAAUCACCUCAACAAUAGUAUCACUACUUCUCAUUCUCGUUCCCCUUCUAAUAAGAAUAAUAAAGAGACAAAUCUCGACUCCGACACAUCAUCAUCAUUAUCUCCGGUUUUUGUUUAUGGCGUUGAAACUCUGGUCAAGCUUCUUGCGCCGAUGGCACCAAGUUUCGCUGAAGAGUCCUGGGAAUUUUUGAAAAAAAGAUACGAUAACAACAAAACUCGAAGUAUUUUUGAGGAAUCAUGGCCAAAAAUAGAUUCGACCUCAUUUUCUGUGAAUAAAGUCAAUUGUGCAAUACAGAUCAACGGAAAAACAAGAUUCGUUCUCGAAAUCCCAACAACCAUCAUCAAGAAUCAAUCAGCUGUCGAACAAUUGAUUCGUGAUUCUAGUGAAGGGAAAAAAUGGGUAAAUGGUAAAUAUGCCAAUAAAAAAUUGUCUCGUGUAAUUCAUGUUAGUGGUGAAUUAGAAAGAAAUGAAUCAUGA